CUUCGGGCCCCAGCUUCUCGUGUUUCCAGCCUAUCAAAAGCCAGGCCAGGUUGCUGAAAACUAAUCUGAGUCGGAUCAACUGUGACCCCCUUCUCUUUGCUCCAUGAUUCAUUUCACGCAUCACAUACUCGCUGCUGCUUGGAAUCAUGGGGCUCUCUCCUACCACCGAUCAAGGGGAGACCGUACCAGAGGACAAGAAUCAGAUGCGAGAGUCGCGCUCAGCGUCGACAAAUGAUCGACCCAACAAUGAGCCUGCUGUUACCAAGGAGGAUUCCAAGGUAGAAGCUACGGCCGAGCAAGCUACUUCGCUAAAAGACUAUUUUAGAGUACUGUCUUAUACGACCCGCAAAGAUCGCGUGGUCCUCGCCAUCGCCCUGGUAUGCUCUAUUGGGUCCGGUGUGCCCUUACCAAUCAUGAACAUUGUGUUCGGUGGACUGGUCGGCGAAUUUAGUUCAUAUUUUACCCCCGGAACAUCCACCACUGAAGCGGACUUCAAAGCGUCGGUCAGUCGGCUCAGUUUGUAUAUCGUCUACCUUUUUAUUGCAAAAUUUACGUUGACAUAUUUCUCCAUGUACUGCUUUCGCGUCAUCAGUCUUCGGGUCUCCGCUGCCUUACGAUUGGAGUACAUGAAUUCGCUUUUCGCCCAGCCGAUCAGCAAACUGGACCAAGUCUCCGUUGGAACAGUCGUUAACGCAAUCACCACUCUCUCCAAUUCAAUCCAGCAGAGCAUCUCAGACAAGCUGGCGAUUCUCUUCCAAUCCACCGCACUCCUUAUCGCUGCCUACAUUAUCGCCUUCAAAUACUCAUGGGCGCUCACGCUCGCCACCAGCUCUUGCCUUCUCUUCAUUCUCGUCGUCUGCUGCCUGACGCUUCCCGCUAUCUCUCAGAUCCAACAAAAGGUGGACAAAGCGGAUGAAAAACAUUCAGCGAUUGCAGCAGAAGUGUUUGGCUCGAUCCGAACUGUCAUCUCGCUGGGCGCCGAGGCACCUUUGGCGAAAAAAUAUCACCAGUGGGUCAUAGAGUCCCGGAAUCGAGGCCGGAGCAUGGCUAUCAUGCUUGGAGUCCAGUUCGGCCUUAUGUUCUUUGCUAUAUACGCCUCUUAUUCACUGGCAUUCUGGCUUGGGCUGAAGCUCUACCGGGAGGGUCACAUUGCAGACGUCAAUACGGUUAUCAUUGUUUUCUUCUCGAUCAUGAUAGCAGUCAGUGUUCUUGGAGGCAUUGCUACUCCAUUGACGAUGGUUUUCAAGGCAGCCAGCGCAUCGACCUCGUUUUUCGAAAUUAUAGACUCAGAGAGGAUUGUUGCAGGCGGUGUUCAAGAUUCUGAAGCGUUGGCUCAGGGUGAUAUAAAUUUCCUCAAUGUUGAAUUCACAUAUCCGACAAGGCCAGAGAGCAAGAUUCUACGGGAAAUGAACGCUCGAUUCGAAAGGGGCAAAACUACUGCAUUGGUUGGUCCGUCGGGGUCUGGGAAAAGCACUAUCGUUGCUCUUCUUGAGCGAUGGUAUACCCCGGAAGGAGGAAGGAUCUCUCUCGGUGAGCGGAAUAUCGAGGAGCUGGAUCUCAAGUGGUGGAGAUCUCAAAUCGGUCUCGUACAGCAAGAGCCAUUUCUCUUCAAUGAUACCAUUUUCAAGAACAUCUCAUUCGGUCUGGUCGGCACAAAAUGGGAAAAUGAGCCUGAUUCUGUGAAGGCCGAAUUGGUGGAAAAUGCAUGCAAAGAAGCAUUUGCAGACGAAUUUAUCGACCGUCUUCCAAAAGUAUACGACACCAUUGUGGGAGAGAAUGGCGCCAAAUUGAGUGGUGGUCAGAGACAGCGCCUAGCCAUUGCUCGAAGUAUCGUGAAGCAGCCGACCAUCUUGAUCCUGGAUGAAGCUACCAGCGCCAUUGACGUGCGUGGAGAAAAGAUAGUUCAGGCAGCCCUGGAUCGGGUCUCUAAAAACCGUACUACAAUCGUCAUUGCACACAGACUGUCCACCGUUCGGCGUGCGGAUCGCAUUCUCGUUCUCAGGAGCGGUGUCAUUGUUGAGCAAGGAACGCAUGAAGAGCUUCUUGCGAUGGAGGACGGGCUGUACCGAGGCCUGGUCAACGCUCAGAAACUCGAAAUCGCCGCCGAAGAAGAAGCUGAUGUAACAGAGGUCACAGAAGCCUUGGUGGAGGAACUCGAUCGUUCCACUACAAUCAAGUCUGAACAGCCACAGGAAGACCGCAAAGAGAAAGCCAAGACGCGUGGCUUUUUCCGAAGCACUGGAAUUUUUAUCUACGAGGCACGGACACGUUGGUUCAUUUGUCUGACUGCGGUCCUUGGGGCACUGGGAGCUGCAUCUGCUUUCCCUUUGCAGAGCUGGCUGUUCGCAAAUCUCAUCGACGUAUUCCGCCUUACUGGACAAGAACUGACGGAUGGUGCCAACUUCUGGGCCUUGAUCUUCUUCGUUCUUGCUCUAGGAGUUGCACUUUGCUACGCCACGGUCGGAUACUCGGCCAACCGACUUUCUGUUGAAAUAUCAUCUUCCUGUCGAACAGAAUACUUUCAGAAUAUCCUAAAAAAACCCGUUCCAUUUUACGAUAUGAACGAAAAUGCCUCCGGCUCGCUAGUCUCGCGUCUAGCCACCGACCCCAAGCAAAUUCAGGAGAUGAUCGGCCUGAACGGCAUUUUCCCAGUGAUUUCGGUAUUCAGCAUGAUAGGCUGCAUCUCGAUUGCUUUUGCCUUUGGUUGGAAGCUCAGUCUUGUGACCGUCUUCGCUGCCCUCCCUUGCGUCUUCCUCGCCGCCUUCAUGCGCAUCCGGUACGAGCUAGAAUUCGAAGCUCUCAAUGCGGAGGUAUACUCGGGUUCCUCGCAGUUUGCAGCAGAAGCUAUCCAUGCAUUCAGAACUGUCUCGGCGUUGACCAUGGAAGACUCGAUUCUCAAUCGAUACUCGACUCUCUUAAAACAACAACAGAACAAAGCCUUUCGCAAAGCUUGGUUGGCAACUCUGGUGUUCGCUUUCUCUGAUAGCGUUGAGCUCUGCGCCAUGGCACUUACCUUCUGGUACGGCGGCCAGCUUCUCGCAUCUAGGGAAUACCAGCCGGCUUCUUUCUUUGUGGUUUAUAUGUCAAUUAUCCUCGGUGGGCAACAAGCUGGUCAAUUCUUUAGCUUCGGGCCAAAUAUUGCUCAGGCUACUUCCUCGGCAAACCGCAUUCUGAGCUUCCGACCAGCUUUGGAUGAGGUCAAUGCUGCUCCCAAGAACCACAUGCCCGAUCAGUCCCGUAGGUGCGGAGCUCGUAUUGAGUUCCAAAAUCUUGCAUUCAAAUAUGAGUCACAAGAAGUACCUCUCUUCACGGGUCUUGACGUUACCAUCGAAAGUGGCCAAUUCGUUGCAUUUGUGGGUGCAUCCGGAUGUGGUAAGACCAGUCUGGUAUCAAUCCUAGAGCGAUUCUACAAUCCAUUCCGGGGCACCGUUCUCCUAAAUGGUGAGGAUGUCAAUGAUAUUGACCAAGGAUCAUACCGAAGAUCGUUGUCGCUGGUAGCCCAAGAACCGCAGCUGUUCGAUGGUACGAUCCGUGAUAAUAUUACUUUGGGGCUGGAGAGCUCCGAAUACACGGAAGAGGAAUUAAUCCAAGCCUGUAUGGACGCCGAGAUUCACAGCUUUAUUACUUCCCUUCCGGAGGGAUAUUCCACAGAGCUAGGGAUUAAUGCACAGACGGCUCUCAGCGGAGGCCAGAGACAGCGAUUGUGCAUUGCUCGGGCAUUAUUGCGGAAACCGUCUUUGCUUCUCUUGGAUGAGGCGACAUCAAGCCUUGACUCCCAAUCGGAGAAAUUGGUCCAAGCCGCUCUGGAAAGGCUGGCUGCGAGGAGAAGUAUGACUAUUAUUGCAGUCGCUCACAGACUAGCGACUAUCCAGAAGGCAGAUGUUAUCUUCGUCUUUGGGGAAAGUCAAAGUGGGAAGGGAUCGCGGGUCGUCGAACGGGGCUCACAUCACGAGUUGUUGCAGAACCGGGGGACAUAUUGGCAGAUGUGCCAGGCUAAUGGGCUCGACCGGUAA